GUCUAGAUUAAAUCAUGACACACCUGGAACAACUCAGCUUCAAAGUUCAUUGACUCGAAUUUUUUUUUACAAGAUCAACUCGGAACAGAUCUGGCAAUGUCGACGUGUAGUUGCAAAGUGCACCGCACGUUGACAAGGGCGCUUUAGGAUUCACGAAUUUUUUUCAUAUCCAAGAAUUUCUGCAAGUGCCGGUAUUGGGUAUUCAGGUCUAUCAAAAAUUUCGAAAAUACUACGCAGCAAAAUGAAUUCUAGCGCAAAAUUACUAAGGACAAGCGUUGUUAGACAUCUCCGCUCAAUGUCACAACUGGGAGACCUUGGCAGCGGUGCUGGGAAAGGAGGAGGUGGUGGAGGAUCUAUCAGAGAGGCUGGAGGAGCAUUUGGGAAACAGGAAGCUGCCAGGGAAGAAGAAUACUUCUACAAAUUGCAAAAAGAGCAAAUAGCAAAACUGAAAACUGAACUCCACGAACAAAUCAAUUUUCAUGAAGAACAGAUUAAGAAGCACCAGGAGGCUAUAGCUCGCCACAAGGAAAGAGUAAGCCAGUUGGACAAGUGAAUGGUUUUAUCUCAUACUUAGUUAUGUGAAAUGUAAUGUUUUUUGUUGCUUGUAUUGAUAUGCUUAAAUGCUACAAAUAUUGAUUUCUUAAUAAAGUAUUAAUACUUAGUUACUCUGUUUCUUAAAAUUGUAUUAUUCCCUCUAAAACUACAUAACACUGUAAGUAGGUAUUCCACCUUCCAGGUGUUAAGGUCUGGAUAUGUAAGACAAUUUGUAAUUAAAAACAUUUAUCAUCGAAA